AAUUUUCCUAAAAAUAAAAAUAAAAAAUCCCCCCUCCUAGUUCUCUUCUGUAUGUAUACCCCAGUCUGUAUUAUUGGCUAUAUGACAUAUGGAAAUAGUCUUCGAGAAUCUGUUAUUAAUUCUUUACAACAUGUUUGGAUACAACAAAUUGUUAAUUUAAUGAUAACUUUACAUUUAAUAUUUACAAUAAUUAUUGUAAAUAAUCCUUUAAAUCAAAAAGUUGAAGAAGUUUUUAAUAUUCCACACGAUUUUGGUUGGAAAAGGGUUGUUGUGAGGACUGGAAUGAUGAUUUUAGUUUUGUUUGUUGCUGAAACUGUUCCUUCUUUUGGGCCUUUACUUGAUUUAAUGGGUGGCUCUGUACUAAUGUUGUGUUCUCUAGUAUUUCCUUCACUUUUUUAUCUUUUUUUGAAUGCAGCAGAAAUUAAAUCAAACGAAAAACCAAUUAAAUAUAAAACAAAAAUUAAUGGAUUAAAUAUAAAUAAACAAGGGGAAGAGGAGGAGGGGGAAGAUUGGGAAAUUGCUAAUUGGAAAGAUGUUGUUGAAAGAACUGAUAAAUUAACUUUAUUUGGUUAUAUUUUUAUUAUUAUUUUUGGAAUAUGUGGAGGUUUAGCAGCAACAUAUUCAGCAAUUCGUUCACUUUCUGUUACCCAUUUUGUCCCUCCCUGUUAUUUAUCUUCAAUAGCUAAUGGGAAAGAACCAAAUGCUGGGGGACAUGUUAAUUGUUGUGGAAAAUAUCAAAAUAUUUCUGUUUUUGGUUUACAAGAAGAAUAUUGUUCUCCUUCUAAUUUAGAUUUUUAUUCUUAAAUUAAUUAUUUUUUGAAAAAGGAGAGAAGAAAAAGUUUUUAAUGUUAAUAACUUUUUGGGGGUUAAAGCUCUUUCUUUCUCCUUAUUUUUUGUUUUAAUUUUUAAUUUGCUUUCUUCUAAUGAUUUUUUAUCAAAGAAUGUUAAGAAAAAUCCAAGCUUUAUUUGAUAAAUAAAUUUUAAUAAAUAUUUGAAAGUGAAGGGGUAUUUGAUUUUCGGGAUUUUGGAUUUCUAUGAAAAAAUGAUUUAUAGACUUCGUUCUUUUUAUUUUUCCUCCCAAUAAUAAAUAAAUUAAAACAAAAUUUGUCCGUUCA